CUUGGCUGAAUUUUUAACCCCUUUAAGCUGAGUUUAAACCAAGAACUAACCUGUCCAGAUCCAGUGAUGAGGUGCCCAGAAUUGAAUUCAGACAUCCAGUUGCAGUAGCACAUGAACUGUAUAGCAAGGGACUCCUGACUGCCUGCUAUGCCUGUAUAGAUGCAGUCCAAAAUUGCAGGUUGACCAUAAGCAAAAGGUGGAGCUGGUCCCUAACAAAGUCCAUUUAAUGAAAACUCUCAGCUUGAAACCGCUUCUCUUUGAAAUUCCAGAUUUCCUGACGGAAGAAGAGUGUAAGCUGAUUAUCCACCUAGCUCAGUUGAAAGGGCUGCAGAAAAGCCAGAUCCUGCCUACUGAAGACUAUGAGGAGGCCAUGGAAAUGAUAGAAAUCAGCCAAAUGGACAUCUUCAACCUGCUGGACCACAACCAGGAUGGGCAGCUGCAGCUCAAAGAGGUGCUGACCCAUACCCGCCUAGGGAAUGGCAGGUGGAUGACCCCUCAGAGUAUCCGGGAGAUGUACACUGCAGUCAAGGCAGAUCCUGAUGGCAAUGGUGUGUUGAGUUUGGAGGAGUUUAAACAGCUAAACAUUCGUGACUUCCACAAGUACAUGGGGAGCCAGAAAGUGAAGAUGAGCGAUCUGGUGCGGAACAGCCAACACACAUGGCUGUACCAGGGUGAGGGGGCACAUCAGGUCAUGAGGUCCAUACGGCAAAGGGUGAUGCGCUUGACCCGUCUGCCUCCUGAGAUUGUGGAGCACAGCGAGCCCCUGCAGGUUGUGCGGUAUGACCAGGGAGGGCACUACCACGCCCACGUGGACAGCGGGCCGGUGUUCCGAGAGACGGCCUGCAGCCACACCAAACUGAUCACCAACGAGAGUGUUCCCUUUGAGACCUCCUGUCGCUACGUGACAGUGCUGUUCUACCUGAACAACGUGACGGGGGGAGGAGAGACCAUCUUCCCUAUAGCUGAUAACAGAACCUAUGAAGAGAUGUCUCUGAUUCAGAAUGAUGUUGAUCUACGAGACACACGGAAAAAUUGUGAUAAGGGCAACCUGCGAGUGAAGCCGCAGCAGGGCACUGCUGUCUUCUGGUACAACUACCUGUCAGAUGGGGAAGGCUGGGUUGGUGACCUGGAUGAAUAUUCCCUGCAUGGAGGCUGCCUCGUCACUCGAGGAACCAAAUGGAUUGCCAACAACUGGAUCAAUGUUGAUCCCAAUAAGAGGCGCCAGCUCCAGUUCCAGCAGGAGAUGGCUCGCUAUGCCAAAGAGGGGGAUGAGGCCCAGAACGAAUGGACUGUAGAUAAAUCCUACAGCAACGUGCAUGUGGAAUUGUAGUGUCCCAGUGCAGCUGGGCUUGGAGAUGCCUCUUCAGUAACACUGUGGGACCCUUUUAGCACUUGCCAGUCUAGUUUAUAUUGAUUUAAGUCCUUUGGUAUUCUACCCUUCCACCCUCCCCACACACAUCCCUGCAGUAGUCCAGGCUCUGCUGUAGCCUGCAUCUCUGUUGGUCAGAUUGGGGAAAGCACUACAGUAACGAGCCCAUUGGGAAGCAGGCCUCAUGCUAAUGAGUCAGAGAUUGAGGAAGAUUUUGACAAGAUGUAUUUUUAUUUAAGGUUUGUUUUUUUGUGUGGGAGGUCCAAGUAUCAGUGAGUCCUGCCCAGCUGAGGCUUCUUGCCUCUCCAGGCAGGGCCUUCUUCAGGGGAAAGGGUUUUGCAGUUUCAACUCCUUCAUCCUGGGUCUUUUUUUUUCCCAUUGAAAUGGAUUCAGUUUCUCUUUAGCUGCCUCCCAGGGUUUCCUUGGCACCUGCCAGUUUCUGUCCUUAGAGUGUCUUGCUGCUAUUCCCUCCUCCCUCCAGAGCACCAGCGCAUCGGCUUGGCUCUCUUGACCAGUAAGUGGCAGCAUUGUCAGCCAAGCCAGAGCCCUCUGGUAUGGAGGCUGUAUAUUCCAGGAGGGAACAUGGGAAGUGGGAUCACUGAGCUUCUGCAUUUAAGUCACUUCCCUAAAUUCCAGCCCCAUGAUGCAAGACUGAUCAGGGCAGAGGGGUGUCAGUCCUCCUGUAUUAGUAGGAAGGGAAGUGUUUCAGGUGCGGCUGUGUGCCUGUGGAGAUCUUGGAGUAUAAUGGUAAUGGUGAAUCCUUCUCAGGGGUUGAUGUGGUUCUGAAAUGCUUUUAUGUUGUGUUGACUACCAAGGAGAAGGGAAGCUUUUAUGUGCAAUAGCAGCAGAGCUGAUUAAGUGUGUGUGUAGGGGGAGAGUUUCACUUUAACCUCGUGAUUUGUGUGGCUGCCUUGUUAGGUGUGUGUUUCCUGAAGGUUCCUUCUGCCAAGUGAUUCUUUUCUCCCCAGUCACAGAGCUACGUAUAUAUACACCAAUGUCUCUGUAGCAAAUUGGAAGCGCAUUGGGGGAGUGACUCCCAGUGCCUCUCUCCGGACAACUGAACAGAAGAGGUCUCUGUGUAUCGUCAUCUGAUCAUGUGCUGAGGAGUUGGUCACUCACGGCUCACCUCAGCUUGAAGCAUUUUCUUCCCUAACUGCUUUAGAUUUCAGUUAGUGGUCUCUCUUUGUGGGAAGGAAAGAAUUUGAAAUGUAAUGAGGAGUGGAACAGAUCCCUGCCUUGCCACAGCAUAGGGCAUGGGCUGAAUGCAUGACUGCAAGCUCUGGAGAUGGGAUUUCUUCCCGGUUAGUACAUCCAGAAAGUCAAGCAAAGGUCCAUGCAGCCCUUAGGGCUGGGUGAGCUUGUUGGAUGUGCAGCCAUAUGCUGAGGAAGUGGCUGGAGUUGUGGCUGAGGUGGGAGCUGGGUUGGCUGAGUUGGCUUUAUUUAUUCAUUUAUUUAUUUGUUUAUUUUAAAGCUGCUGAACUGAGGAGAGGGCUCAGUGUGCUACUUUAGUGCCUGAUGUUUAGUCCUAAGGCCAGGUGGAUGCACUGAUGAUCACAGCUCUAUCCCAGUGUAAUAGUUUUAGGUUACAUGCCACGCUAGUGAGAGAGAGCUUACUGCAUCAGGGAAGUCUGACCACAGUCCUGCUGCAAGUUACCCUGCCAAGCAGGGGGAUUAGCCAUGACAGAAGGCGGGUGCGGUGAAGUGUUGCUAUGAAAUCUAAUUCCCUUUUAUUGCUCUCUCUGAGUUUUGGGAGCAGUUUGAAAUGUUCAACAAAACAUUUGCCCCAAAGAAUGGGGAUUGUCCUGUAGCCCCAGCACUAGGGAACUGGGUAUGUUGCUAGUAGUUAUUCCUGUGUUACUAUACUGCUACUCAAGCAGAAAUAGGAGAUGCACUAAGCUAGUAAUGCAUGUUGCCACCAUGCAACCCUCCCAGACAAGGAGACCAAGAG